AUGGCACCCCGAAAACGCAAUGUCAUUACUUCAGCACUAACGGCCAACCCUCGAGAAAGAGAAGCUAUGACACCACAAUCUAAAUUCGUUUGCAGUUACACAUCACUCGCUGAUCGGAAACGUCGAGCUCCUACUCUCUCCAUGGUCAGCCUUCAAAAUCUCGAGAAUGAGGAGAAUCAUGAAGAAUAUUUCGUGGCACUGAUGGGCAAAAACUCAGAGAGCCACGGUACAUGGGGAAAGACCAAGACUGGACCGAUUUCGCCCAUCAGGAAGAAGGGCAAGACAUCAAGAUUCCGGAACUAUCUCACCAGGGGUAACUUUGACGCAAUGUUUGGAAUGGGCUGGGAAGAAGCAGAUCCUACUAUGGUCAUCCAAAAUAGCCCUGAUCGCUCCCCUCUUCUUGGAGUUCCUUUGGAGGUAAGAGAGAAGAUCUAUGGAUUCCUUCUCGUCGACGAGAAGCCAAUCGUGACGGGGCCCGACUGGGAAACAGUGGAAAGCCACGCCCUGAAACAUACCGCCAUCCUAUACGUCUGCAAGCAGCUUAGCCAGGAGGCAUCGAAAUUUAUCUACAAGAACAACAAUUUUCUUAUGAUGCUCCGGACCCCUCGCAAAUCAGACAUGUUCGAUAAGGCAUUUUCUCUUGACGCCAAAUUUCUUCCCCUCUUCCGUAAUGUGGUCAUAAGCUGCCCAAUGGACAGUUGGAACCUAGACUGGCACGAGAAGGCCGCCGUCUCAAUCAGCAAGCUGGCCGACGCCAAACCCAUCCUGAGCACUCUCACCCUAGUGAUGACCCCCAGCCGCGGAAUUGGCAUUUCCACCACCGCGAUCGGCAUGGAAGUAAGCCCGCUUCAUUUUGCAGACUUCUUCUGGUUCCCCGGACCGCUCAUGGGCGCCAUCCGCAAACUCAACUGCCGCGUCCUCAACAUCGUCAUGAGGAAGUACCUCACUGUUCAGACUGAUGGUGUCGAACGCCCCGCUGGCAUGAAGCGCGUGCUCAUCUCAGUCGAUCUGAGAUAUUCCCAGGCUGGAAUGCUAGAGGAAGGCCCACUUGCAAACAAGGAGACCGUUGCUAUUGCGCGUGAGAAAGCCCGGUCUGUCGAACGGAAACUGCAGGGUUUGAAGCAGGUAUUCGAAGAGAUAUAUAAGGAUUGUGAGGGAGCGAUUAGGGAGGGCCUAUGUCGCGAGCUUGCUGAUGAUGAGAGAAUUACUGAUGGAUUCUUUGCACACCCCAAGCGACAGAAGCAAAGACAUCAAACAUACCAAUCCCCAUUUCACAUCACUAUUUACAACCAAGUCACAACGGAUUCCACAAUCAUGGUCAUUGCGGCAGCCCGAGCUAUAUCUUCUUUCUCUCGGUACGGAAAACACACUCUAUUGGAAGAAAUCCAGCAAGGCGUGCAGGCAUUCGACGACUCCGUCGCUGCCGCCGUGUACUCAAAGCUAUGGCUCCUAGAAGGUUACGUUGACCCACUCCAGCACAUAACCAGCAAGACACUGGACCCAGCGACACAGCCUGCUGAGGACCGAUGCUGCUCGAUCUGCUUCGAGGCCCUUGAGAACUACAGGGAGGGCAAGACAUGCAAGACGCAUGCCGCGUGGCUGUCCCAGGGAAAGAUCACGACUGCCCCGGCUGUCGCUCCAAGCUUGGAGCCAAUCACUGAUCCAUGGAGCAGCUCCUGGACCACACCAGUCUGGACGAGGUGUUCCGCAUCGACCGCGCUCGUUGGAUCAGGGAGUUGGGGCCAAGAUGUUUAUGAGGGGUUCCGCCAGGGCUUGGUCAUCCAUGACUUGGCCACGUAUCUGGCCCGCACGAGAGUUAUCAUGCGCACGCUGGCUGUCUAUGUGCCGUGGAUUGAACUUCCUAGAAGGCACAGCGUAAACAUUCUUGACCUAGCGUUGACUGAAGACGAGGGCUUCGAGAAAAUGCUGGAUUGGUCUCCUACACAUAUUGACUCCACAGCCAGCCGGUUUUUAUAUGCUCUAGAUGAAUUGAUUGGUUUGUAUGACUGUGGAAGCCAAAGCCAAAGCGAAGAACAAGGGUUGGCUAAGUCCACAUUUCGCAGCGCGCAUUUUGACCAGCCACGAGGACCUAUACGCAAUCCACGAAGAGAUACUAGAAACAAGAGCAGGAAACCCCUCUGGUUCGUCUCACCUCCGCGACGGAAACGAGCGCCUUCCGGUAAGAUCGUAAGAGAUGGGCGUGUUGGGUGA